AUGUUGACUGAGAGAGAAGGUGAUAUCACAAUGAUGAUGAGAGAAACAGAGAAAGAACUGAAUACAGACAAAUUAAUCAGUAGAAGAGAUAAUAUCUCACUGCAAGAUACAGUGACUAUCACUGCAGUUAUAAGAGAAGUAGAAGAAGAAGAAGAAGAAGAAGAAGAUAUGACAAUGAGAGCAGCGCUUCUGCAGUCUGUUGACACUGCUAUCUCUGUCUUCAAUCAAGCUUUCUUAACAGCUACAGAGAUCACAGCUGCACUAUGA